AUGGCCAAAAGAGUCGCAGAUGGUCAAAUCACAAAGGAUAGCUUUGAUAGAGAUAGUGAGGGAGAUGAACCCCAACAAGUACAGGUUGCAUCAUCGGAUGUGUUAGCCAGGAGAAAGAUCUUAAAACCGAAAGGAAGGAUAGGUACUGCUGCUGCAGACUCUAAUGGAUUCAAAGGAUUUGGUGGAUUUGGAGCUAAACCAGCAGGAGAGGUACCUGCUGCUUCUGGUAAUGCUUUUGGAUUCCUUUCCAAACCAGCCACCCAACCUGCUUUUACAACCACUAAUACAACGACCAUUGACAAGAAUAGUAAAAUUAGAGCAUUGAAUGAAAUGUUUGUACAAGCUGUUAAUAGAAUGAAUACCCCAAAUACUGUGGUUGAUUUCACAUCGGUCGCUGAGAAAUAUAUCAAUUAUUAUAAGAAAAUUGGGGAAGAACUGGCCUCGGGCGUUACUUCAACUAAUACAUUUAAUGCAUCUGCUAUUCCGCAAGCAAAGCCUGCUCCAACUACAUCAUUUACAUUAAUGGGAUCGAAUCAACAGAAACUUUCUACAGUUCCUGCUUCUACGUUUUCAUUUAACCCUCCAAAAUCUACCAAUCAUGAAACUGCUACCAAACCAUCUACAACAUUUAAUUUCGGCAAAACUACCGCACCAACUUUCGGAUUUAAUAUCAAGAAAGAUGACGCAGCUCCAGCUCCAGUUGCACCAGGAGCAGCAGCAUCAUUCUCAUUCAAGCCAUCUAACACUGGUGCCACGGCCAGUGGUGUCACAUUUGGACAACCCAAAGAGAAGAAGCCAGAAUCCCAACCAGAGCCAAUAGAAAUCGAUUCCAGUUCAGAAGAAGAAAGCGAAGAAGAGAUCAAAAUCCAAGGACCUCAAUUCACCCUUUCGACAAAACCAACAGUCAAGAGUUCACCGUUUACAUUUGACCCAAAGAAGUUGGCAAAAAAGAAUGAACCAGAUUCGGAUGAUUCUGAAGAUGAAAUAGAGAUCAAGGGUCCUACUUUUCAAUUCAAUAAAGCUAUUAAAGAUGAUGUAUUUAAAUUAUCCGCAGAUCCAGCUAAGCCGAAGAUUGCAUUUAAUGUGACUUCAACUAAUACUGAGGAGACAAAGAAGGAUGAUGCUAAGCCAGGUUUCUCGUUCGGAACAGGUGCACCAUCAACAGCUGCCAAACCUACUGGAUUAUUUGGUUCUACCCAUGCAGGAGAGCAAAAGGAAAAUAAACUCCCAUUUUCAUUUGGAACAACUACAAAUGGUCAAGAUAACAAAACACCUUCAUUCAAUUUUAGUGCCCCAGCUACCACUACAUCAGAUUUGAAAGAAAAUAAACCAGCAUUGAGCUUUGGGGGGGAUAAACCAGCUUUCAAUUUUGCUUCCACCGAAAAGAAAGACGACAAACCUGGAUUUAGUUUUGGAAACACAACAAAUGCCACAAAACCUUCUUUUUCAUUCAAUGCAUCUGCAUCCUCAGAAAAGUCUGGGUUCUCAUUUGGAUCCGCCGCAACCAAACCUAGUGAAUCGGCAACAAAGCCAACCUUCUCAUUCAAACCACAAGAAAACAAACAAGAAUCCACAGAUUCUAAACCCGAGCAAACAAAACCACUCUUCCAAUUCUCAUUCAAUCCAGCAAAUCAACCUCAAUCUGAAACUCCAAAAUCAACAUUUUCAUUCGGCACUGGAAGUAGCAUCACUUUUGGAGCUGCACCAAAAACCGCAAGCGUAGCUGCUGCCGGUGAAGAGAAGGAAGCAGAUGAUUCAAAAGUCGAAGAAGAAGAAUCCGGAGCUGAAUUCACACCCGUUGCCAGAAUGCCUUCUGAAAAAAUGGAAGCCGUAUCCACGGGGGAAGAAGAUGAAGAUUUAGUAUUUUCCAAACGGGCAAAAUUAAUGGAAUUUGAUGUCACUAAUACCGAGAAUCCAUACAUUAAUAAAGGAGUUGGGGAUUUAAAGAUUUUGAAGAAUAAAGAAACUGGAAAAUCAAGAAUUCUUAUCCGUGCUGAUGGUGGGUUGAGAAUUUUGUUGAAUUGUUUGAUUUCGAAAGAUAUUACCUAUCUGGUCACUGGACCGCUUGUGAGGGUGCCUACUAUUGAUCCAAAAGAUCCUACAAAGUUCGUUACAUAUGUUUUGAGAGUGAAGACACCUGCGGAUGGGGAAGAACUUUUAAAAGCCAUUAAUGAAUCUAAAUAG